GGCUGCGAGACACUACCUCCCUCCGUUACGUAUUCCGUCACCUUAGCAACAGUAUGUAUACGGAAGAUGCUCCUUUAGGUGCAUGUCUGACAUAGAAGGGGCAAGAGCUGACAUCAAAGGGUCCCGUAAAGGUAGCAGAAAUGACUACAGAAGUUAUUUCUCCUUUCCAAGCCUUGAUGAGUUCCUCACCUCAGCCCCUGGAAUCCCCAUUAAAUAAUGAGAGCAGUCCUUUGAAAAAAGGUCCAAACAAGGCUCUUGUUAAAAUUGACAGUAUGAAGGUGCUGGAGCCAGGCCGCAAAAAACUAACUUCGAUAGAGACGCAAAGAAUUAUUGCAGUGCUUGAUGAGACAAUUAAAAAGCUGGAGCUGGUCACCCUAUUCCAACAUGCAGCAAAUAACCUGGAUAGAUUUAGUGUGGUUUUUGGAUCAGAGCUGACAGGGGCUAUCCGAGAGCAUCAAAGACUUCAGAAUAAUAUGCAACAGCAACUCAAUCGAAUAAACAGAGAAAAUGCAGCGGACCGGAAGAGUCCUGAAUUGGAUGAGCGUAAUCUUUCAACAGUACGUGAAGCCAUCCAGAGUUCAGUAAGGAACACUCUGAGGCUCUUUCUUGCCAAUCCAAUCGCGAGCAAAGCUUUGCAAUCCGAAGCUCAUGUGCGGGAUCUGGCCUCCCAGCAACUCAUCCAGAUAUUGUCAGAGCUAAGAGAUUUUCUGUUUGAAAUGCUUCUGACCAGCCCUUUAGAGCUGAAUCAAAGAAUGUGCUACCUCCAGAAAACUAUGCAGCGUGACCUGAAAAAUAGGGAUGCUCUGGCAACUUUGGAAGAGGAACUUAAUAAAGCCAUUCUUGAUCGGGAUACAGAGAUUUCCAAGAAGAAUGAGGUUAUCAGGCAGCUGAAGAUCAGUCUGCAUCAGCUGGAGAAGGUUUCCGAGAGCCAGGUGAGACGUAUAAUGCAGGAGGCUGAGAAGCAGCAGAAAUCUGACCGUCGAGCCUCUGAAGGAAAGUGCGCCAAACUCCAACAGGACCUUCAGCAUUUAAGAUCACAGCUUAGUGCCACCAUUGCUGAGAAUCGUGAGAUAGAGCUGAACCUAAGAAAGAAAAAAUAUAAAGUUGAGACUGAGAUUGAGAACUGGAUACAGAAAUAUGAUGCUGAUAUGGGAGAGAAGCAAGCUGAGCUGGAGGAGUUGGAGGCCCUUUAUGCUGAGGAGAAAGCCCAUCUGGAGGAGUUGAGAGAUAAGCUGGCCGUGCUAGAGGUAGAAUACGUCCAGAUUGUUGAGGAGAGGCGUCUGGCUCAGCUGAAGAAGGAGGCAGCAGAGAAGGAGUUGGCCAAUAUGACCAGGGCUGCUACUGUCAUCCAAGCAUUCUGGAAAGGCUACCAGGUGCGCAAGACAAUGAGAUCUAAGAAGAAGAAAAAGAAGAAAGGAAAAGGGACAGGAAAGAAAGGGAAGGGGAAGAAGGGAAAGAAAUAGAAAGAAAACCAAAACUUCCCCUCUUGCAUCUUUUUUUCAGGAUGGCUGUUUCUUUUUCUAUAUCACUAGUAUAGUGAAUGUCCCAAAACAAUGUGAAACUAAUAUCCUAAUAAAUUC